AUGCUCGACCUCCAUUACUUCAUCGCCUUCCUCCUCACACCAAAAUCAUCGCCAAUGUCGACUAUGUUGUCACCAUCAGAUCUGACCUCUGCAUCAUCUGAGAUUAGGGUUUGGUCUAUGAUGGAGUUUGAUUGGACAGUGGGAACGAGGAGAAGUGGGAGAUGA